CAAUUUAGCCCAGGCGUCAGCGAUGGAGGCCUUGGGAGGCCGCGGUCCGGGCAGCAGGGCUGGGCACGGAGCCCCGGCCGCGUUAUGAGAGAUGGGGAGACUGAGGCACAGAAGUGAAAUGAAUUGCCAAGGGACACAGAGACAUAGCAGUGAGACAAAAGAAUCUGGACCAGAGAGAGAUACAUUCAACGCCAUGCAAUCAAAUUGCAGUCAUCUCCACAAUGCCCCAGGAAGUGGUGAUGUUCCCUCAUCCACUCAGAGUACCCAUACAGCAGGGCUGCCAGGAGAAGGCUCUUGCCACCAUAGUGGAGAUGUUCACAUCCAGCUAAGCUCUGCCUUGGGAGAAGCUGGGGAAAACGCCAGUUUCAGGCACAUACGGUCAGGUUCCCAGGGCCGUUCACAUGGCCACUCCCACAAUGAAGCGAGGGGGCCCGAAGAUUCCACCUUAGAUUCAGAGGAACACAGUGGCAGCUCCAUCUCUGAGCUCAGAUAUCUCUUCCAGUGGCUGCACAAAAGUCUUCCAUACAUCUUGAUUCUGUGUAUCAAACUGACCAUGCAGCAUAUAAUCGGCAUUUCUCUUGGAAUUGGGCUGCUAACAACUUUUAUGUAUGCAAACAAAAGCAUUGUAAAUCAGGUUUUUCUAAGAGAAAGGUGCUCCAAGUUGCAAUGUGCUUGGGUACUGAUAUUCCUAACCGGGUCAUCUCUCCUCUUGUAUUAUACCUUUCACUCUCAGUCACUUUAUUACAGCUUAAUCUUUUUAAAACCUACUGUGGAUUUUAUGAACUUCUGGGAGGUACUUUGGAUCGUGGGAAUCACAGACUUUAUUCUGAAAUUCCUCUUCAUGGGCUUCAAAUGCUUUAUUCUCUUGGUGCCUUCUUUUAUGAUGUCUUUUAAAUCCAAGGGCUACUGGUAUAUGCUGUUAGAAGAAUUCUGCCAGUAUUACCGUACGUUUGUCCCCAUACCAAUUUGGUUUCGUUACCUUAUUGGCUAUAGGGAGCUGGACAAUAUACUGGGGUGGAGUCUUGGAGUAUUGUUGGGGUUGCUCUACUUCAUUCUAAAACUUUUGAGCCUUUUUGGACGUCUGAGAAACUUUAGACAGGUUUUGCGGAUGUUUUGUACACGACCACACUAUGGAGUGACAGCUAGCAAGAGACAGUGUUCUGAAGCAGAUGAUAUUUGUUCAAUAUGCCAAGCUGAAUUUCAAAAGCCUAUUCUUCUCAUCUGCCAGCACAUAUUUUGUGAAGAAUGCAUCUCUUUAUGGUUCAAUAGAGAGAAAACAUGUCCACUCUGCAGAACUGUUAUUUCAGACCAUGUUAACAAAUGGAAGGAUGGAGCCACUUCUAUGCAUCUACAGAUUUAUUAAAACAUGUCAUACUUUUA